UCCCAACAUGGGGAUGGAACUCAUGACCCUGAGAUCAAGAGUCACAUUCUCUACUGACUGAGCCAGCCAGGCGCCCCAGGGUACUCAUUUAGGAGGGAGCUUAAAGAACAGUUCUUUUCCUGCAAUAUGUCCAUGAUUAGUUAUCCUGUAAAGGUGACAGGAUUUGAUUUUUUUUUUCUUCCUCUAAAUUGUUUCACACUGUGAUACCUUAAACCUAUUUUCUGUCACUUUGAUGUCACCAAUUUGAUUCUUACUUCCAUAGGGCCUGUUCCCUGUGUCCCUGUGAUGGUGUGUGGCAUUGGGAUUUAAAGGAGAGACAGUUUGCAGGGAUGGGGGAAUGGAAAGAACAGCUAAACUGGGUAAGAUGCCCCCUGGGGGCAUCUCCGAGCAUGGGCAAUGCUUGGUCUAGUGUUCUUUUUCAGAAGUUUGUCCCCAUCCUCAGCUUGCACUUUGGAGGCCCCCUCUCUGUCACAGGCCCAGACCUUCCAUCCUUCCUUCCCCUCUUUCUUCCUCAAGCUCCUCACUGUGCCUUGGAGAGGUUCCUAACCUGUGGAGUUGGCUUCCGUCCUGUCCGUGGAGACUAGGUGAAGAGAAGGGGCAGUACUGAAUCUUUAAUCUCUGGGCAUGGAGUGGGAGAAGAGAUCAAUUCAGUCUCUGUUCAUUCAAACAAAGGCAUGUCUCCUACCUCCUCACUCUCCAGCCCCUCCAUAGCCAGAUGUUGACAAGACCUAUCCUCCCCCUACCACCAGAAGAACCAGAACUUUCCCCAGAGGUUGAGCGGGGUUGGGCUAGAGGAGGAGGGAGCUGAGAAUAGAGGAGAGACAGGAGGAGAGGCCCUCUCCUGUCUCUGAUUCUGUGAACAGAUGUACGGGGACCCCCUAUGCACCGAACCCAAUACGUUCAUUCCCCAUAUGAUCGUCCUGGUUGGAACCCACGGUUCUGCAUCAUCUCGGGGAACCAGCUUCUCAUGCUGGAUGAGGACGAGAUACACCCCCUUCUGAUCCGGGACCGGAGGAGCGAGUCCAGUCGCAACAAACUGCUGAGACGCACGGUCUCCGUGCCGGUGGAGGGGCGGCCCCACGGCGAGCAUGAAUACCACUUGGGUCGCUCGAGGAGGAAGAGCGUCCCAGGGGGGAAGCAGUACAGCAUGGAGGCCGCCCCCGCUGCGCCCUUCCGGCCCUCGCAAGGCUUCCUGAGCCGGAGGCUAAAAAGCUCCAUCAAACGCACGAAGUCACAACCCAAACUUGACCGGACCAGCAGCUUUCGCCAGAUCCUGCCUCGCUUCCGAAGUGCUGACCAUGACCGGGCCCGGCUGAUGCAGAGCUUCAAGGAGUCACACUCGCACGAGUCUUUGCUGAGCCCUAGCAGUGCGGCCGAGGCCUUGGAGCUCAACUUGGAUGAAGAUUCCAUUAUCAAGCCAGUGCAUAGCUCCAUCCUGGGCCAGGAGUUCUGUUUUGAGGUAACAACGUCUUCAGGGACAAAAUGUUUUGCCUGUCGUUCUGCCGCCGAGAGGGACAAAUGGAUCGAGAACCUACAACGGGCAGUAAAACCCAACAAGGACAACAGCCGACGGGUGGACAAUGUGUUGAAGCUGUGGAUCAUAGAGGCUCGGGAGCUACCCCCCAAGAAGCGGUACUACUGCGAGCUCUGCCUGGAUGAUAUGCUGUAUGCCCGCACCACCUCCAAGCCCCGGUCGGCCUCGGGGGACACCGUCUUCUGGGGCGAGCACUUUGAGUUUAACAACCUACCGGCUGUCCGCGCCCUGCGGCUACAUCUGUACCGUGACUCAGACAAAAAGCGCAAGAAGGACAAGGCGGGCUACGUUGGCCUGGUGACUGUGCCCGUGGCCACCCUAGCUGGGCGCCACUUCACAGAGCAGUGGUACCCCGUGACCCUGCCGACAGGCAGUGGGGGCUCCGGGGGCAUGGGGGGUUCAGGAGGGGGCGGGGGCUCAGGGAGCGGCUCAGGGGGCAAGGGCAAAGGAGGCUGCCCAGCUGUGCGGCUGAAAGCACGCUACCAGACGAUGAGUAUCCUGCCCAUGGAGCUGUAUAAGGAGUUUGCAGAGUACGUCACCAACCACUACCGGAUGCUGUGUGCCGUAUUGGAGCCCGCCCUGAAUGUCAAGGGCAAGGAGGAGGUUGCCAGUGCACUGGUUCACAUUCUGCAGAGUACGGGCAAGGCCAAGGACUUCCUUUCAGACAUGGCCAUGUCCGAGGUAGACCGGUUCAUGGAACGGGAGCACCUCAUAUUCCGCGAGAACACGCUCGCCACUAAAGCCAUAGAAGAGUACAUGAGACUGAUUGGUCAGAAAUACCUCAAGGAUGCCAUCGGGGAAUUCAUCCGUGCUCUGUAUGAGUCGGAGGAGAACUGCGAGGUGGACCCUAUCAAGUGCACGGCGUCCAGCCUGGCAGAGCACCAGGCCAACCUGCGGAUGUGCUGUGAGUUGGCCCUGUGCAAGGUGGUCAACUCCCACUGCGUGUUCCCGAGGGAGCUGAAGGAGGUGUUUGCAUCUUGGCGGCUGCGCUGCGCAGAGCGGGGCCGGGAGGACAUCGCUGACAGGCUGAUCAGCGCCUCGCUCUUCUUGCGCUUCCUCUGCCCAGCCAUUAUGUCGCCCAGUCUCUUUGGGCUCAUGCAGGAGUACCCAGAUGAGCAGACCUCACGAACCCUAACCCUCAUUGCCAAGGUCAUCCAGAACCUGGCCAACUUUUCCAAGUUUACCUCAAAGGAGGACUUUCUGGGAUUCAUGAAUGAGUUUCUGGAGCUGGAGUGGGGUUCCAUGCAGCAGUUCCUGUAUGAGAUCUCCAACCUGGACACGCUGACCAACAGCAGUAGCUUUGAGGGUUACAUCGACUUGGGCCGAGAGCUCUCCACACUGCAUGCCCUGCUCUGGGAGGUGCUGCCCCAGCUCAGUAAGGAAGCCCUUCUGAAGCUGGGCCCACUGCCCCGGCUCCUCAAUGACAUCAGCACAGCUCUGAGGAACCCCAACAUCCAAAGGCAGCCAAGCCGUCAGAGUGAGCGGCCCCGGCCUCAGCCUGUGGUGCUGCGAGGCCCAUCGGCCGAGAUGCAGGGCUACAUGAUGCGGGACCUCAACAGCUCCAUCGACCUUCAGUCCUUCAUGGCUCGAGGCCUCAACAGCUCUAUGGACAUGGCUCGCCUCCCUUCCCCAACCAAGGAGAAGCCACCCCCACCGCCCCCUGGUGGGGGGAAAGACCUGUUCUAUGUAAGCCGUCCACCGCUGGCCCGUUCCUCGCCGGCAUACUGCACGAGCAGCUCGGACAUCACAGAGCCAGAGCAGAAGAUGCUGAGUGUCAACAAGAGUGUCUCCAUGCUGGAUUUGCAGGGCGACGGGCCCGGCGGCCGUCUCAACAGCAGCAGUGUGUCCAACCUGGCGGCCGUUGGGGACCUGCUGCACUCGAGCCAGGCUUCCCUGACAGCGGCCUUAGGGCUGCGGCCUGCGCCCGCUGGACGCCUCUCCCAGGGGAGUGGCUCGUCCAUUACAGCGGCUGGCAUGCGCCUCAGCCAGAUGGGUGUCACCACGGACGGUGUCCCUGCCCAGCAACUGCGUAUCCCCCUCUCCUUUCAGAACCCUCUCUUCCACAUGGCUGCUGAUGGGCCAGGCCCCCCAGGAGGCCACGGAGGGGGUGGUGGCCAUGCCCCUCCCUCCUCCCAUCACCACCAUCACCACCAUCACCACCACCGAGGUGGAGAGCCCCCCGGGGACACCUUUGCCCCGUUCCAUGGCUAUAGCAAGAGCGAGGACCUCUCCUCAGGGGUCCCCAAGCCCCCCGCCGCUUCCAUCCUUCACAGCCACAGCUACAGUGAUGAGUUUGGACCCUCUGGCACCGACUUCACCCGUCGGCAGCUCUCACUCCAGGACAACCUGCAGCACAUGCUGUCCCCUCCCCAGAUCACUAUUGGUCCCCAGAGGCCCGCCCCCUCAGGGCCCGGAGGUGGGAGCGGUGGUGGGGGCAGUGGUGGGGGUGGCGGGGGCCAGCCGCCUCCAUUGCAGAGGGGCAAGUCUCAGCAGUUGACGGUCAGCGCUGCCCAGAAACCCCGGCCAUCCAGUGGGAAUCUGUUGCAGUCACCGGAGCCGAGUUACGGCCCUGCCCGUCCGCGGCAACAAAGCCUCAGCAAAGAGGGCAGCAUUGGGGGCAGCGGGGGCAGCGGUGGCGGAGGGGGUGGGGGGCUCAAGCCCUCCAUCACCAAGCAGCAUUCUCAGGCGCCAUCCACGCUGAACCCCACAAUGCCAGCCUCCGAGCGAACGGUGGCCUGGGUCUCCAACAUGCCUCACCUGUCAGCUGACAUCGAGAGUGCCCACAUCGAGCGAGAAGAGUAUAAGCUCAAGGAGUACUCUAAGUCGAUGGAUGAGAGCCGGCUGGACAGGGUGAAGGAGUAUGAGGAGGAGAUCCACUCACUGAAGGAGCGGCUGCACAUGUCCAACCGGAAGCUAGAAGAGUAUGAGCGGAGGCUGCUGUCCCAGGAAGAGCAGACCAGCAAAAUCUUGAUGCAGUAUCAGGCCAGACUGGAGCAGAGCGAGAAGAGGCUAAGGCAGCAGCAGGUGGAGAAGGAUUCGCAGAUCAAGAGCAUCAUUGGCAGGCUGAUGCUGGUGGAGGAGGAGCUGCGCCGGGACCACCCCGCCAUGCCUGAGCCGCUGCCCGAACCCAAGAAGAGGCUGCUCGACGCUCAGCUCCUCAUCAGGAGAGGCAGCUUCCCCCCUUGGGUCCAACAAACCCGCGUGUGACGCUGGCCCCACCUUGGAACGGCCUGGCCCCCCCAGCACCGCCCCCCCCACCCCGGCUGCAGAUCACCGAGAACGGCGAGUUCCGAAACACCGCAGACCACUAGCCCACCCAGCAUCACAGACCUUCUUCUCCUUCCCCAUGCACCCCACCCUGGAACAGCACCCACCACCAGGACUGGAUAUCGCCGAGGGACAGCGGGAUUGCCUCCCUGAAUGCCUCCUUGGGGGGCAUCAAUCCCCCACCCCCACCGCACCAUUUCCAGGGGGGAGAGUGGGGACCCUUAGCUGUCCCCUUUUCCUUCCUGUUGGGGUGCUGCCCCCUGUGACCCCCAGGGACCCUUGCCCCAGGACACCACCUACCCCACACAGACCCCUUCACUCCGGGGUGCUAUCCCCAUCCUCUGCCUCAUCGUUCCCCUGAGCACUGGGGGACAGACCCUCGCCCCCACCCUGGGGGUGUGGCACCUCCAAACUUUCAACUUCAGGGUGAUUUUUUAGCAGUAACCAGAGCUGACAAUCUAACUCCCCUCCACCGCCCCAUUUUGGCCUCCCCUGUCCCCCUUGUUAUGGGGAGGGGACCCCAGGUGAGGGGGCCCUAUUACCCCUUGAUUUCUCAGGAGCGUCUGGGGGGGCUCAGCACGCACAAACUCCUUCUCCUCCUACUACUCUUAAAUUUACUCCCUCCCCACCCAGAACCCAGAUGGGGUGGAGGGGCCACCGGGGCAGGGAGGGGGCGGCAAGGGGGGAAUGGGAGUCAUCUCCCCUUCCUCCCACACCUGAUCUGCUCUUGGCUGGUCCCAGAGCGGGGUGAGGGGGCUUAUGCCCCCCCCUCCCCCAGUGUGUUGGGUGGGGUGGAAUUGAGGUUAGGGUGAGGGGUUAGGGUCUAGGAGGGUGUGUAUGUUAGGGAGGACAGACUAGUUGAUCUGCCCUACCCUGACACACACAGCCCCCCUUGUCCCUCCCCCUCUCUCUUCUUGGUCUCUACUCCCAGGGGGAGGGGGGAACUUACUCUAGGAAAAGCCAUGUCUCUCUCCCCCAGGGUGGGGGGACCUGUGUUGGAGGAGGGGUGUUGGGGGCCCCCUUCCAUGACUCUGUCCCCCCCCCGGGGGAGGUAGGACAGGGCUGGGCUUCCCUCUCAUCCUCCCCCCUCCCCAAUCUCCCUCCACCUCCCUCCCUCCCGCCAGCUCCACAAUUUUUCGGUGUUUCUCUGUACAUAGCUCUCUGGCGGGAUAGGGGAGGUAGGAUGGAUGGGGUUUAGGGUGGGUAGGUCAUGGGAGGGGAGAAGCCCCUCCUUGGCACCCCCUCUUCCCUGACUGCUGUCCCCUACCCAGCCUUGCCCCCUCAUCCCUUCUUGCGUUUGGUAUUGAGACUCUUUCCAGACUUCACCCUUCUUUCUUUUGUAUGGACAGUUCCCCUUCAGUCCCAUCCCCCUACACACAUACACCCAGCCGGGGCCAAAUUUAUACUUAUAUAAAAGUUGUAAAUAUGUGAAAUUUUAUCCCUGUGCCCUCUCCUUGCUUUCCCAACCUCAGACCCUACCCCUGGAUCCUCUUUCCUCUUCUCUUUGGCUGUUGUAAUUAUCUGGGGUUUGUACUGUACAUAUCGGGGGUGUGUGUGUGUGGGCUGGGGGCAACCCCUCUGUACAGAGCUUCCUGGCCCCCUCCCCCCCCACGCGUCCCUCCCCCUCCACCACCCUAAGGGUAGGGAGAUGCUCUUCCUACUUGUUUUAUUUUGUUUUCUCGUUCUCCCUCCCCACCCUGUCCCACCCCACUCCCAGCCUUCUCUGUCCUUCACCACUAUCCCUUUUUCUCCACUCCCAGCCCCAUUUCCUUUUUUUCUGGAGUGUGUGGUGAAACAGAAAAAUCAUGUUUAAUAAACGGAGAUUGUUCUUUUA